AUGGCUCCGCAGAAGCGCAAACGUGCAGCUGGUGAGCAGCAGUCUGCGAAGGCGCAGACUGCGAUCACAUCAUUCGCCAAAGUCAGCAAGGUUCGUGGAGACGAGGGCAGCGCCAAAAAGAGAAAGACAUUGGAAGUAUGUGUUGUUGCUCCGCUGGCAGUAUCACCUUCAAUCAAGCGGAAGCGCGAGCACCCUUGCAUCUCUGAGGACAAAACGACUGCCAGCGAAAUUGAACGAGCACAAACACCACCGGCGACACCUCGAGGAAAGCGCUUGCGACAGGAACAUUCUACUCUAUCGUCAACACCAUCACGAGGCGCCUUAGCUUUAUUCGAUAAACUCAAUCUGAAUUGUCGGCUGGUAGAGAACCAAGACUCAUUGCCAGAGGAGCUCGAACAACUGAAGGAUUUAUACACGGCAUUCCUCGCGGCAUUAUCAAUACAUUAUGCACACGAUGGAUCGACACUACCAGUGGAAGUGCGCCAACUUCUCCCGACCACCACCAGCCAUUGGAAAAAGCGGAACGUCACCUUGAUUGAUCUGCAACGAAUCCUGGCUUUAGAGGCCAGGGCAGGAUCAGUAUUUGUGCUCGAGGAUUUCGGCAGAGCAGGUAUACAGGUUGUAAGGAUACAACAGCGUGCGGCUACGACGAAACGCAUGACCUCUUACAUCGAUGAAGUGGAGCUCAGCGCAAUCUUUGAGGAGACUUUGAAGAAGGAGUGGAGGCAGUUUGAAUCCUCCACUGGCAAGGAGAACCGUGAUGGAAAGGCAUUCCUUGCUCAAAUCUCUCUUGCGCCUAUCAAAAUCAAUGAGUCAGCAAAAAAUGCUGCGCCCCUGUUCAGCCGUGGGCAGCAGCGCCUCGCCGACCUCAGAGCCGGUCCCACCAGCACGCCUUUAGCAGCUGCACAAGCUACAGCAGCUGCUCAUCUUGCAAAUGGCACGUCAUCUACCACAGUCGGCACACAAGACCGGAGCACUGCACUCCUCGACCGCAUUCUCGCCAAGCAGACUCUCCUCGCCAGUCUCCCCAGCGGUCCGAGCAAAGCCAUUCUCGAGCGUCGCGCCGCCCUGCAUCGCGUCGAGGACGUCUCCCGAGUCCUCACGUUGCUCGCC